CGGGCGCGGGGCGCUGCCUGCUCCUGCCCGCCGCUGCCUGCUGCUGCCGGCAGGGCCGUGACGUCACCCCGCUCCUCGCCCACCGAUGAACGCUAAAGACCUAUAGAGCAGAAAAUAAUACAACAAGCAAGCUCCGUAUCUUGCAAGCCCUACGUGAUUUUCCCCCCCUCUUUGAAAAAGCCCCUUUGCACUUAAACUCUCUAUACAUGUGGGGUGGCUUUUUAAACUCCCUCUAUACAAACAUAUCUAUUAAGAGCGAUGGGAAGUGGGGGGUAGCCUAUUUUUUUAAUCCAGGCACCAACCUCCCCCCCCGCCGCCUCAGAUGUCUGGCUGCUUUUCUUAAGUGCAAUCAUCUAUAAUUGAGAAAAAAAAAAAAAGCCAUACGUGGAAAUGUGUGUGUGAGAAGGUGCAUCUUGAAGCAGGGUUUAGUUACAAUCGAUCUUGGGGGGAAAAUAUUGCCUAUGGUCCAAAAAUAAGGAGCAACUAUGUCCUUCUCUCAGUUCGGAUACCCCUACAGCACCACUUCACAGUUUUUCGUGCCCGCCAGCCCCAGCACGACCUGCUGCGAGGCCGCCCCUCGCUCCGGGCCGGAUGCCUCCUCGGCGCCGGCCGCCGCCUCCCUGUGCUGCGCCCCGUACGAGGGCCGGCUGCUGGCGCCCGGCCGCGCCGAGCUCAAUGCGGCGCUGGGCAUGUACGGAGCCCCGUACGCCGCCGGCCAGGGCUACGGCAACUACCUGCCCUACAGCACCGAGCCCGCCGCGCUCUACACCGCGCUGAACCCCCAGUAUGAAAUCAAGGACGGCGCCGGCACGUUGCACUCGGGAAUCGCGCAGCCCGCUGCCUACUACUCCUACGAUCAUUCCUUGGGGCAGUACCAGUACGACAGGUACGGGACGGUGGAUUUCGGUGGUUCGGCCAGACGCAAGAAUGCAACGCGAGAGACGACAAGCACCCUCAAGACCUGGCUGUACGAGCACCGCAAAAACCCCUACCCCACCAAAGGAGAGAAAAUCAUGUUGGCCAUCAUCACCAAAAUGACCCUGACCCAAGUGUCCACUUGGUUUGCUAACGCCAGACGGAGGCUCAAGAAAGAAAACAAAAUGACCUGGUCUCCCAAGAACAAAGCGGGGGAAGAAAGAAAAGAAGAAACCCCGCGGGAAGAGGAUGAAUACAGUGUAGAGGACGAAGGCAGAGAGCAGAAGAGCUACAAGGAGGACAAGGAGCUGCGGUUCAGCGACCUGGAGGAGGAGGAAGAGGAGGAGGAGGAGGCGGGGAAGCCGGAGAAGGGCCGGGCCAGCUCCCUGCAGGAAGCCCCCAGCCUGGGCGCGGCGCUGCCCGAGGCUCCUCGAAGCGACUGCAGCCUGCCCGGCCCCUUCCACGCCUUUCCCUGCGCCAAGGCCCCCGCCGCGGACUUCGCCCCUGCCUCCCUGGCCGGCCCGCCGCCGCCCUACGCGCCCGCGGAAAAGCCGCGCAUCUGGUCGCUGGCGCGCACGGCCGGGGCCAGCGCGGCGCGCAGGGGCAGCCCCGAGGGCCGCGACGCGGAGGGAGGCGGCGGCUCGGCGGCGGAGCAGCCCCUGCCCGCCAAGGCCUUCCGGAGCUCCGCGUUCAACCUGCAGCCGCUCCCGCGGAGCUGCGCGUCCCACCGCGGCCUGGGGGAGCCGUGCCAGUUCGCGGCGGCGGGCGAAGGCUUCGGGCGGGGCGCAAAGGGCGGCCCGGGAGGCGCGGAGUUGGGCGGGACCUGCCUGGACAGGCUGCGGACGGCGUUCCGGCCGGUGCUGCGGAGGGCCGCCCGCCCCUUCCUGGGCGCUGGCGACGGGGCUCCGGCUGCAGCGAGGCACUCGGCUUGAAGCAACGAAAGACGCCUCUCCCCGGGCCGGCGGUGGCCUCGCGGCUCCGCCUGCCCUGCCCUCGCCAGGGAAGGGCCGCCGCGGCACAACGUGCUGCGCACAUGGGACCGAGGGGCACGGCGGGCGGGGCGACGGGCGGAGCGGCCGCAGGACCGGCGCCUCCCCACCGCACGCUUGCCAUGUGUUCAACACCCCGCUAACAUCUUGGCAAAAAGAAAAAAAAAAUGCAAACCCUAAUCUUUUUUCUUUUCCCUUCCACUUCGUGGUUUGUUUCUCCUGUUUCUCCCAAACCUGCGCGCUCCGCUCAGCGCCCAGCUUCGCCAAGGCGCGUCAGUCCGCGGUCGCUACGCGCCAUCCCGGGGCGGAGGAGGAAGAGGAGGAGGAGGAGAAGCGGCGCAGGUUACGCCGGACUGUUUCUUUCCCGUCUCUGUACAUAGAUACAGCUGAAAAGUAUUUUUCGGAGUCUCUAAUUAACAUGGAUGAGCUGAACGCCGCGAAGCCGUCAGUGAGCCCGGAGGUCUCCAGCCAGGAGCCGGCACAGCCCGGGCGGAGCGGCCACGGGCACCCGCCGCCCGCCCUGGGGCACGGCCGGGGCACCCCCGGGCAGCGGGUGGCGACCGGGCGGCGAAGUAGGACGUUGUUAGUGGGUCACCGCCGUCAGUCAGUCAAAAGAGCAGUGCUGCACUUUACAGGACAGACGAGAAAGGGAAACCGUAUCUCUGCAUUAUUUCUGUUUAAUUAAAAGUGUCAUCAAACACUUUGUGUUCAGACUAAUAAACCAAGCAGGGAUGAGGAAAGAAUGUUUCUUUGUUCCUGUCUCUGGAAGCAGUGGCAAUAAUUUAAAUUAAUAACUGUGGUAAUUAAGAGGUCAUCUAUAGAUCAACCCGAUACCUGCUAUUUCCAAGUUCACCGGGGUCAGCAUUUACAUUAAGUCAUUUGUGGUCAAUAGAGUCCAAUGAAUUCUGCCUUAAUAAAUCAGGGAAAUCAAUCUUGAA